AUCCAAACAAGCUGUUCCGUUGACGGCAGUCUUGGUAGCCAGCAUCAAGAUCAACGCAUUAUAUGACCAAGCCCAAAUCAAACCCGUUCAGUUGGAACACUCGGGUCCCGGAAUUUCACCAAAACCCUAAACCCUGGAAUCUGGAAUCCAAAGCAAUUCCUAUUCCACAAUUACACCAAAACCCUAAACCCAGGUAUGCAACUCGCAAACCGGCUUGUCUAUUUACUCGGAAGCUCAAAUCGGAAACCCCAUGAAUUUAGGGGUUUCACGCAAUUCACAGCAUCAAUCUCAAGCCUUAAAGUAGCAUGGCGCAAGGACUCAAAGCUAGACCAAGCAAUCGAAAACGACAAAAAAUGGAAGCAUUGCGCAAGAGUUGUUAAAGAAGUGCUAAACGAACCGGGUCAGGUAAUUCCUCUUCACUAUUUGGAGAAACGACGCGAAAGAUUGCGGUUGCCCGUAAAAAUCAAAACUUUUCUUUAUUUGAACCCCGGGUUAUUCGAUACUUACAUGGAUCGGGUCAGGCCUAAAUCCGAUCCGGUCACGUUCAUUCGGGCAAGCGAUAGAUUAAGGCAAUUCUUGGAAGAGGAGAGUAGGAUUUAUAUAAAAAAUGAAAACUUUUUGGUUUCUAAGUUGUGCAAACUUCUAAUGAUGUCUAAGGAUAAUGUUGUAAGUGCAGAUAAAUUAGUACAGGUGAAGAGGGAAUUCGGGUUCCCGAAUGAUUUUUUGGUAAAUUUGGUGCCAAAAUAUCCGGAAUAUUUUAACUUAAUUGGUGAACCUGGGGAGGGAAAAUCAUUUUUACAAUUGGUUACAUGGAACCCGGAGUUUGCGAAGUCGGUGAUUGAGCUAAGAGCUGAGGAAGAAUCAAGGUUAACAGGGAUCAGAUCUAGGCCAGCAUUUAACUGGAAACUUCCUCCGGGCUUUUUCAUUAGGAAGGAAGUGAGAGAGUGGAUUCGAGAUUGGAUAGAGCUUCCUUAUAUAUCACCCUACAAUGAUGCAUCACAUUUGGAUCAAUCUUCACGAGAGAUGGAGAAGAGGACUGUGGGGGUUUUCCACGAGUUGCUAUCGCUUUCUAUUUAUAAGAGGGUUCCUAUCGACAUUUUGGGGAAGUUUAGUGACGAAUGUAGGUUCUCAAACGCAUUCUCGAAUGUAUUUACUAGGCAUUCGGGGAUAUUUUAUAUGUCGUUGAAGUGUGGGAUUAAAACUGCAAUGCUUAGGGAAGCAUACAAGGAUAGUGAGCUGAUUGAUCUAGACCCACUUCUCGAGAUUAAAGACAAAUUUCUCGAGUUACUUGCUGAGGGCCACAAGCAGAAAGCUGAGCGAUUGAGAUUGCAAAGAGAGAUGGUUCAGAAGGACAUGAAAAUGAUGGCGGUUAGCAAUAAUGGACUAGACUAUCAUAAAUAUGAGGAGGAGCUUCUGGACGAGGAGGAAGAUGCCGAGCUGUCAACACUAACAUCAUCUUGAAAGUGAAGUUGGGUGUCAAUACAAAAUGGCUAGUGAUGUUAGAACAAAGGAGUCUUCAUUUCCUGGAUCUCAGUGAGGGAAUAUUCAUUUUGAGGAUGCUACAUUUCAGAGAGGAUUUCUUCUGACAAAAGAAACCAAAAGAUGAUGUUCAUAUGAUUCAGUUGUUUGUACCAACUUGUUCUUUUUCUCUGCAAACUUCUACUUCCCUCAGAGCAAGGGUUACAUCACUUUGGGUUUCAGCACAUGCUUCUGCAAAUUCUUGUUUUCUUUGUGACUUUGACUAGCAAAGCAGAGAGUUGAGAGUUCCAGGCAUCUUUAGUUCAAUGUCGAUAGCUGCAUUAGAAGGGAGAUUUGAGCAUCAAGGAUGAAGAAUUCAUAAUAAAUUCGAGUAAUAUGGAUUAUGCUAUUCUGUGGUCGGCCUGCAAUUAUAGCGUGCCUUGUAAACAAGGUGUCAGCCUCGCAUAAACUCAGUUCAUAUUGAGAGAUGAUGACUACCAAACACCAAUCCUGGAAGUGGAGCUAAUCUGAUGUGAUAAAAUCAUUGAUCAUACCAAAUUAGCAAAAUUGCUGAAGAUUGCAGUUUCUCAAUAAUACUUGCACUUGUGGACUGCUCCAUUGGGUAUGACAGGGGAGCACAUGCUAAUUAUCUAGCCAAUUGGUGAUUGAACAGAUGAAAGAGGUGGACAAUACGAUGACCGGACAAUAGUUAUGUUUCGUGGAGCAAGGGACGUGGUUAGAAACUUAUGGGCCUAAUGAUAACUGCAGGGGAUGUUUAGUGUGAUGUAAAUUUUCAGUAUAAGCAUCAUGCAGACCGAGAACAGGCUACAGAUGCUAAUUUCUUUGUAAGAUAAGUCUGGUGCAAUGGAGUUAAUCAUGAUCAGUAUAUAUUCAUUUUCCUUUCCUGAAAUUCUGAGCACCUUCCCUUAUGCCAAAAAAAAGAAGGUAAGGGACAGUGAAAUGGUAUAGUUUGUACUUUGUACUAAUCUUUGACACUACUGUGACUUUGUUCACUCUAGUUUGGUUAAUAUUCGGAUCUCCCUCUAUUUGGGAUUGAGGCGUAUUCGUUGUUGUUUGUUGUAGUUAUUGAGAUCUCCGUCUAAACUUUUCCUUUGUGAGGAUAAUAUGCACUGGUUGGAUUUCCUGGCA